CUCCGCGCCUGUCAAACCCCUCAUUGUUCGCAGCUGAUGUCACUCGCAGUUGUGAGCGGCCGCCUCUCCCGGGGACAAUGUGGGACUGAGCGGCCCAGCCGCCGUGCCGCCGCCGCCGCCGCUGCAGGACAGCCCCAGCGAGGCCAUUUUCGGCACAUAGGAGAGAGAUUGGAAAACAGUGUGCAGAACUGCCAGUCCCCUGACACCCUGUGCGCCACCCACUGCAACCCAGUGCUGAAUGGACCCUGCCCAGAGGUGUCUGUAGUGAGCCUCUGCUCUAGUGACUUCUGAGCCGGCCAGGCCGCAGCGUGGACACACUUGAAGGUCCCUGUGGCCCCAGCCCCGCCUGACAGGAUGAGCGGCUCAGAUGGGGGGCUGGAGGAGGAGCCAGAACUCAGCAUCACCCUCACGCUGCGGAUGCUGAUGCACGGGAAGGAAGUGGGCAGCAUCAUCGGGAAGAAGGGCGAGACUGUAAAGCGAAUCCGGGAGCAGAGCAGUGCCCGGAUCACCAUCUCCGAGGGCUCCUGCCCUGAACGCAUUACCACCAUCACCGGGUCUACAGCUGCUGUCUUCCAUGCAGUCUCCAUGAUUGCUUUCAAACUGGAUGAGGACCUUUGUGCUGCUCCUGCAAAUGGUGGAAAUGUCUCCAGGCCUCCGGUGACCCUCCGCCUUGUCAUUCCUGCCAGCCAGUGUGGCUCACUGAUUGGGAAGGCUGGCACUAAGAUCAAGGAGAUCCGAGAGACUACAGGUGCCCAGGUACAGGUGGCAGGGGACCUGCUCCCCAACUCCACAGAGCGAGCUGUUACAGUGUCUGGGGUUCCUGAUGCCAUCAUCCUGUGUGUGCGGCAGAUCUGCGCUGUUAUCCUGGAGUCCCCACCCAAAGGAGCCACUAUCCCCUAUCAUCCAAGCCUCUCCCUAGGUACUGUCCUUCUCUCCGCCAACCAGGGUUUCUCUGUCCAGGGUCAGUAUGGGGCUGUGACCCCAGCUGAGGUCACCAAGCUCCAGCAGCUCUCAAGCCAUGCGGUCCCCUUUGCCACACCCAGCGUGGUGCCAGGACUGGAUCCCGGCACACAGACCAGCUCACAGGAGUUCUUGGUUCCCAAUGAUCUGAUUGGCUGUGUGAUCGGGCGCCAGGGCAGCAAGAUCAGCGAGAUCCGGCAGAUGUCAGGGGCACAUAUCAAGAUCGGGAACCAAGCAGAGGGCGCUGGGGAGCGGCAUGUGACCAUCACUGGGUCACCGGUCUCCAUCGCCCUGGCGCAGUACCUCAUCACUGCCUGUCUAGAGACGGCCAAGUCUACCUCUGGGGGGACACCCAGCUCGGCCCCUGCAGACCUGCCUGCCCCCUUCUCGCCGCCCCUGACGGCCCUGCCCACAGCUCCCCCCGGCCUGCUGGGCACACCCUAUGCCAUCUCCCUCUCCAACUUCAUCGGCCUCAAGCCCGUGCCCUUCUUGGCUCUACCACCUGCUUCCCCAGGGCCGCCGCCGGGCUUGGCGGCCUACACUGCCAAGAUGGCAGCGGCUAAUGGGAGUAAGAAGGCUGAGCGGCAGAAAUUCUCCCCCUACUGAGGCCAGCUGAGGUACAGGCAGGGGCAGGCAGGACCGCCAGUAGGGGGCUGCCUCCGCACCCUACUCGCCCAAGGAGACUCCACUCUGGGGUCCCAAGUGCCGCUAACGCCAGACGCAUGGAUGCACCCCCUACCCUGCCUCCGUCUAUGAGAGUUCCUUCUCUCACAGUCGGGGCAGUUUCUGGCCCAGGGUUCUGAGCUGUGGCAGCCCCAGGCCAGGGGGCCCUACCCUCUCAGCUCUGUGCUUGGAUACAGAGAUCAGCCAGAGGACUCCCUAGUGCCCCACCAUGGUUGGUGUCACUCAUGCACUUCCCAUCUCUUAGGGCUUCCUGGCCUACUGCACCCUUGUGGGAGUCAGGGAGGAGGGCCUGGGGGGUAGCUGGGGCCAGGCUUCUCUCCCCACCACCUGCAGGUUUCUUGCUGCUUCCACUGAUACCCUUUUGACUGGAAUGAACUGGCUGGGCUUGUCAGGGGGCACCCCAAAGAGGGGGCACUGCCAGGUAGCUGGGGGAGUGGCAUGGGGCAGGGGCCCAGUUCUCAGCAGCAGACACUCUGUACAGUUUUUUCAAUCCCUGUUUUUUGAAUAAAUAUUCUCAGCGACCACGAAA